GGGCUGGUUAAUGACUGACCAGCUCUCGCCCCCUCUUCUCCUGCCCCACAAGCUCUUCGCAGUCCGGCCAUGGGUCUCACCUCGUUCCCUUUCGUCCUCUUGCUCCCCCUGCUCCUUGCUGCACCCGGCGCUGCCCAGCGUCCCCAAAAACGGCCAGCCCCAGAGAAUCCCAUCGACAAGAUUGACGUCCAGGCCAACUUCGAUCUUGGCCAGUUUGCCGGGAAAUGGUUCCUGGUCGGGGUAGCCUCGCAAUGCAGCUACUUGAGUGAGAACAGCCACCGGCUUGAAGCAACCAACCUGGUGGUCUCUGUGGGUGGCGCAAGCUCUCAGGGAUCCUUGUUGGUGAGCACCUUCCACCCGCUGGACGGCGUCUGUUGGAACAUCCAGCAAACCUACUUCCCUACCAAGGUUCCUGGCAGGUUCCUCUUGAAAGGCCGUGGCAGCCCCGUGGACGUGGUGGUGGCGGAAACGGAUUAUAGCAGCUACGCCAUUGUGUAUUACCAGAAAGACCGGAAGAUCUCAGCGAAGCUUUAUGGACGAGCCGUCCGGGUGAACGACGCUGUCACGGCUAAAUUUGAGCAGCGUGUGGCUGGCAUAGGCCUGAAUGAAGACACGACCUACUACUUCCCUGUCUAUGGGUUUUGCGACUCGGCCGACCAGUUCCACAUCCUCAAGGAUAUCAAGGUGGUGGCGUAGCGGACUAAGAGCGCCGGACUAAGACCCGGGAGAGGCCAGGGUUCGAAUCCCCACUCAGCCACGAAACUCACCGGGUGAGCCUGGGCCAGUCACUGCCUC